AUGGAUUCCGAAGCUGAGUUCUCUUCCUUUUUCGACUGGUUCACGAGGAGGGGUCGAGACCGAGAGCUCUCUGUGCUCAUGCCCUUAAUAUUAGGUGCAGCCGCCGCCGCCGCCUCCGCCGCGACACCCGACACGGAAGACCCAGAUGGAGGAAACCCUGAAAGACGAACCCCGCGGGAGCGAAUAGUCCUCAUCGACCCUUUCAGCCAACGCGUGGCGGUGAUCGAAGGCGGUUCGGACCUGGACUCGCUGCUCCAGGGGCUGGGUGGGAAGGACGGUCAGCCGCCGGCGUCGAAGGCGUCGAUCGAUGCCAUGCCAAGUGUGAAGAUUGUCGAGGCGGAUGGUGGGUCCGAGUGCGCGAUUUGCUUGGAGCAGUUUGAGGUGGACGGCGUGGCGAAGGAGAUGCCUUGCAAGCACAGGUUUCAUGGUGUUUGUAUAGAGAAGUGGUUGACGCUUCAUGGGUCGUGCCCGGUUUGCAGGUUUACGAUGCCGGUUGAGGAGGAGGAGGUGGUAAAGAAGAGCGAAGAAACGGGCGGAGAGGGAAGGAGGGUUGACGGAGAGAUUAGGGUCAGGGUGUUUGUUCACAAUCGCAGGAGAGCAAGUGAGGGUCCAGAUCAAGCCAGUGAUGAGGAUACGAUGCAGAGUUAGGAGAAAAUUAUGAAUUUGUAAACGAUUAGGAAUAUUGUACAGAAUCUCAAAGCAAAAUUAUUUUUAUUUUUAUUUCAAAAUAAAUUUUAUGUUUUGUUUGUCUUA